GUACUUAACCCAAAUGUUAAGCUCUUAAUUAGAACACUUCUUUCUUAUAUACGUUGCAUAGUCUUAACAUAAAAGCUGUGGUGAUUUUGAACGAAACCUGCCAUUCUCCGGCGGCUCCUGAUGGCUACUCUCUACCGCGCAGUUCACUACUGGCUGGUCGACCACCCAAUCAUCACCCAAUACGAGUGGAAGCCCCGUCAAUCACCCGGCGCCUCCCCCCUUUUCCUCUCCAUCACCGUCACCUUCUACCUCUCCCUCACACUCCUCCUCCACCGCUACCCCACCCUCCCCCCCCCCCCCUCCUCCGCCCUCCGCCUCGCCGCCGUCUUCCACAACGCCACCCUCUGCCUUCUUUCCGGCGUCAUGGCCGUGGGCUGCGCUCUCUCCGUGCUCCACCAAACGCCCCCCGACAACCCUAGCUGGUGUAUAUGCUUCCCCGCAGGCAGCACCACGCCGCGUGGGCCCACGUUCUUCUGGGCCCACGUGUUCUACUUCUCUAAGAUCCUCGAAUUCGUCGACACGCUCCUAAUCCUCCUCAGUGGGUCCUGCUCACGUCGCCUCUCCUUCCUCCACGUCUACCAUCACGCGGUGGUGCCGGUAAUGUGCUACCUGUGGCUGGCAGCGGCCCAGACGCUGAUGCCGGUGGGGCUGGUGACCAACGCCGCCGUGCAUGUGCUAAUGUACGCCUACUACCUUCUGUCAGCUAUAGGGCUUCGACCCGGGUGGAAGAGGAUGGUGACAAAUUGCCAGAUUACGCAGUUUUUGUAUGGAUAUCUGGUUUCGGGUUUGAUGCUGUACCUCCACUUUACAGGGUCGGGUUGCUCCGGGUUCGGGGCCUGGGGGUUCAGCACCCUGUUCACGACGUCGCUUUUGGCACUUUUCGUUAACUUUCAUCUGAAGAAUUACGCCCACGCCCGGAAAAUGAAACCGGCCGAUAGGCUGGUUCUUGGCAAGGAUAAACGGCCGUGAUUUUACUUGGGACAUGCACGCAUUGGUGACUCCCGCCAAUCUCGGGCUUGUCAUUUGAUUCCUUGAUGGAAGGCGGUUGUACUUUUUUUUUUUUUAAUAAAGUCGCAUGAAAUAAAUUGAGUUUAGAGUUUGUAGUAAGUGAGGAAGUAGUUGUUUGUUCUCUUUCUUCUUCCUAGCUAACUUUGAUACUUAAUUAGCUGUAUAUAUAUAUUGCAUCGAUAGGUAACCCAUAAAAGUGGUCUCUUAGCAUAUUAAAACUGUACGCCGAUUGCAUAUAUGAUACAGAUCGCACAAUUUGGGGUCGGGUCCUGAAUCUAGUACUUUGAAAUCGGGUCGCUAAAUCUCUCUUUGAGCUUCUUACGAGUGGAUCUUAAGAAUGGAACACACGUUAGACUUGCUGGGCAUCCCCCAACUAAGGUCUUCCAAUACUUAAGUUAUAAAGUGGGGUCGAAAUCAAUUAGUAGUGGGCGAAUGAGAUCUAAAACAUGAUAAAAUACACUUGCAUAAAUAUUCAUAAAUGCAAGUAUUUAUAACGUACGGUACUGCAUAUUAUGGUGCCACGUGGCAUCAUCUGGAUGUGCUGGUGUCAGGUAAUCCAACAACUAUUUCGGCAAACGGGUCAAUUGAUCCGGGUCCAACCCGACCCGCUCCUUUAUGCGCAGAUCCUGA